CAAACCAACACUUCAGACCUGCGUGCCUCCAUUUCUCUCUGCGUUUCUUAUCCAUCAUCCAUGGCUUCCACUUUCGUCACUGUACCAAAACCCUUUGUGUACAAAACCAACAGCCCCUCUCUCUCUAACCAGAGACUACUAGGUCUGCAGAGAAGCUCUCUGAGAGUCAACGCAAUUUCCAAGAAAUGGGAGCCCACCAAGGUGGUUCCACAGGCUGAUAGAGUUCUAAUUCGUCUUGAGCAGCUGCCCGAGAAAUCAUCUGGUGGAGUUUUAUUGCCCAAAUCAGCUGUUAAAUUUGAGCGGUAUCUUAUGGGAGAGAUUCUCUCUGUUGGUGCUGAGGUUGGGGAAGUGGAGGCUGGAAAGAAGGUUCUUUUCUCAGAUAUAAAUGCCUAUGAGGUGGAUUUGGGAACGGAUGCUAAGCAUUGCUUUUGUAGAUCAAGUGACUUGUUGGCUGUGGUUGAGUAGCAAUCUCUAAGAUUUCUCUCCUGUGCACUUUCUUUCAAGUUUGAUGCUUUCUUCUUGCAUAUCAAUCUCUUUGACACCCUGUAGUAGAGAAUUAUCCGGCAUGUUGAAUUUCGUACUACUGUAAUUUAUGCAGGGUGGAAAUCAAAAUUUGGCCUUCUUAUGAGAAUUCUACCUUGCAGUGGGAAAAUAAUUGUGCUAUGAAAGACGAUCAUGAUUGGAAGCAAACUUUUAAAGCA